AAUGCUGAGAGAUUUGUUAUAAGUGCAGAAUGAGUCUAUUCAUUUCAUAUCUCACUCACUAUAUGACAUUUGGAUCGUAUAGUGAGUGAAAAUGGUCUUAAGAAUCAGAAGGAUCAACGUUGAAUGACUGGACCGCCAUUUGGAUCGGAUAGGAUUGGAUUGGAUUACCACUGUGACCGUGGGAGGGAGGGAGGGCCACACUCUGGUCUUGGAAGUGAAGAAAUGAUAUUAUUAGAGGCACUGGCAAGUAAUUAAUGUCCCAAAUUCCCGCCCCUGAUCGCUCCUUCUCCCUCCGUCUCUCUCUCUAUAUAUACUCGUCACCUUCUUUCUCCUCGUCCACGGUCCACGUAUCAUUUCUUCUUUCUUCUUCCCUUGCUUUCUCCUUUUCUCUUUCAACUGUUCCACCUAUUCCCUCCAUUUUCAGUUUAAUUUCAUCGCUUCCAUUCCAUUACAGAGCUCUACCCUUAUUACCUGUGAAGAUGGCAUCCUCUGCGCUAGUUUCUUCCCCUGUUUGCAAUUCUAUGCUUGAUUUGGAUUCCGCUUCAGUCUCAAAAAACACGAACGUCAACAAGCUUCUCACCCAUGAGAUCUUCUCCAUUCUUGAAACUAAGUUCCUCUUCGGCGGCUUUGACGAUCACAAGCUUCCAUCCCACUUAGAUGCCUCCACCAAACACCUCGCCGGAAAAGUCAGGAUCCUCUCCAUCGACGGAGCCGGCGCAACCGACGGCUUGCUCGCCGCCAAGUCCCUCGUCCACUUGGAGGCAUUCCUUCGCAAGAAAUCCGGAAACCCCAACGCCUGCAUUGCCGAAUACUUCGACCUUGCCGCCGGCUCCGGCGUCGGCGGCGUCCUUGCCGCUCUGCUUUUCACCCGCGGGAAAGACGGGGCCCCCAUUUUCACCGCCUCCGAAGCUCUCAAGUUUCUAACCGACAACCGGGGAAGAAUUUUGCAGUCGGCUCCCGCUGGACUGCUCCGGCGGGUGCUCCGGCCGGCUAAGGUCGAGAAGUUAUUCCGCAAGAUUUUCGGAGAGUGCUCGUUGAAGGACACGUUGAAGCCCGUUUUGAUUCCGUGUUACGAUCUCACCACGCGCGCGCCGUUCGUGUUCUCGCGAGCGGACGCCAUGGAGAUCGACGGCUACGAUUUCAAAAUGAAGGACGUCUGCGCGGCCACGUCGGCCGAUCCAGCUGUAGAAUUGAGUUCCGUGGACGGGCAAACUAAAAUCGCGGCCAUCGGCGGAGGGAUCGUGAUGAACAAUCCAACGGCUGCGGCCAUCACGCACGUGCUGAACAACAAACAAGAAUUCCCGUUCUGCAACAGCAUGGAGGAUCUCCUGGUGGUGUCCCUCGGCAACGGAGAAUCAGACUUGGGCGCGGGAAAUCCGACGUCUAUCCGAAAGAGAGGGUUGAUAAAGAUCGCCGGAGAAGGAGCUUCCGAUACGGUUGAUCAAGCGGUUUCGAUGGCGUUCGGCGAGUGUCGGUCCAGCAAUUACGUGCGAAUUCAGGCAAAUGGCGGGAGGGGCAAAAUCAGAGGAAAGAAGGAUGAUCCGUUGAGAGCAGCAGAGGAGUUGCUGGGACAGAAGAGCGUGGAAUCAGUGCUAUUCCAGGGAAAAAGGCUAGGGCAGAGCAGUCAUCUGGAGAGGCUGGAGGCGUUGGCCGGGGGAGUGAUCAAAGAGGAAGAGAGCAGAAAAAGAAGGAUAUUACCGACGGUGGUGUUGAAGCAGGGAUCGGCGUUCGCCGAGACGUCGUCGGCUACCUCCCUGUCGACGCUCUCUUCGAAUUAGAGCAGCUAGCCGAUGAUCUGAUCGGGGAAGAAGUAGAGGAGAUCUGAAGCUGGAUGCCGCAUAUGAUAUAAUGUUUGCGGCGGCCGUGAUGAGAUGAAUCUAAUUAAAGACAUCCGGCUCCACUCGAAAGUAGUUUGGGACUGGUGGUGGGGAGAGGGAGUUGAGUUGAGUUGAGUUGAGUUGUGUGUAUAGUAUAAUAGUUUUUGCACCGUAAAUGAAAUGAAUUUGGUUCUGAGAUAUGGCAAAAAAAUUGGCAGUAAUAGUAAUAGUAAUAGUAGCAGAG